UUUUAAAUUAAAAUUCAUUUAUUUGAUAUUAUUAAUAUUUUAAUUAAUAAUUAAAUAAAUUAAUAAAUCAGUUCACUGACUUUCGUUCUAAAAGUGGUUGCGAUUAAAUUUUUAAAAAAUCUACUUUUAAUAUAAUUGUGAAACUCGAUGAUUUUCUGAGUUCAUUAACCAUAAAAUUGUGGUAAAAAUUUUAUUCCCUUUAAAAAUAUUAAUUGUAUUUCGCUGCCUCGUCCUCAAGAUCAAAUUAGGUAGUUGCGUUAGUAACCGUUUGUUCUGCCACAGUAUUUCAAAUUAUAAAGUUUUUUAGCGCUACUCUUAGGUGUCGCUCCUAUCUCUUCCGGUUCCUGUCAUUACGUUUUUCUGUGCGUUCUGAACCACAUCGUGGCGUAUAAAAAACAGUUAAAAAUCAGUUUAAAAAUGGGUAGAAAAGGAAAUUCUACAGAUAAACUCUUACAAAAGAUUAAAAAAUUAAAGAAAGAAAUUAAGAAGAAGGGAAAAAGAAGUAAGAAAAGAAAUUCUUCAUCUGAAACAAGCCAUUCUAGUUCCAGCUCAUCGAACAGCAGAACAUCACAUCGAUCCCGAUCGCGUAGUUCUAUCCGCGACUCUAGGUCGAGAGGUAGAUCACGCAAUAGAUCGGAAAAGAAAAAGAAUCCGAGCAAUGAGAGAUCCCGAAGAGGCUCAUCCGAAGACUCGUAUACACCAAGAAAAAAUCCACGAGGUAUGUCCCGCGGCCAUGACAGUCCAUUGGAAGAGCACAGUCACAGCGGAAGGCAUAACCCGAGAGAUUGGAUAAGAAGGUAUGUCGCUCAGCCAGAGAAUGAGGAGGAAUAUAGCUACCGAGACUCGGAAAACUCACCACAUUCUCCUUUACACGAUCCGGAGGAUCCAGAGCGGAAUAACCUGCAAUCGACAGGUAAAAAAGAUGGCGCGCCCUCACAAGAAAAGAAUGAUAGUCAACAGUCGGUAAAGAAGGUCACGGAUAUGGACGAAGCGGAUUUAGUUCAGUUAGGGGGCGACCCCUUCGCCAAUGUCAAGCUCAGUGGACCAAUAAACAAAACAUUAGCGACAGUGUGGCAAAAAAUUAUGCAGAUCGGUCUAUCAAAAGAAAUUCGUAAGGAAUUGAUCGAAAAACAUCCUCCGGCUGAAAAUUGCAAUAUGAUGGCAGCCCCUACAUUAAAUGCAGAAAUUAAGAAUAUUAUUGGUCAGACAGGAGUAAAAAAGGACCAAUUUCAGAUAGCUUCACAAAAUCAGCUGGGAGCAGCUAUAAGUUCCUUAGGUACAGCUGUAAGUAAACUUUUAAAUUUUCAACUGUCAGACAAUAAAUCAGACUCGAAAAAUCAUUCGAUAAGCGAAAUACUGACUCUUCUCAGCGAUUCAGGAAAACUCUUAACAGACCUGCACCAUGAAAUAUCUCUAACCAGAAGGAAUUUCAUCUCUUCUGGCAGAGACUCAAAAUUAAAAAUUGUUGCUGAAAACUCGCCGGUUGACAAUUCUCUAUUUGGAGAAAACUUUCCUGAACAAUUUAAAGCUGCAAGGGAAGUCGAGAAAGUCGGUAAAGAGCUGACUAAAAUAACAAAAACAGAUAAAAGAAAGCCAUAUCAUCAGCCAUAUCACCAGCCCUCUCGCUCACGACAAACCGCACCCAGAACUGGUGAUUUAAACUGGAAGGGCCCUCCCAAGAAGAGUUACUCGAACCACAGACGGGGAGGGCCGCAUCCAUCUCGAACAACUCGCAACCCGCAACCGAGGAACUGAAGGAAAAUACACCCUCUACACGAGACGCUUACCCUGGUGGUGGCACGCUUAUCAGGGAAGCGUUCAUGAAAAGAGGAGCAUCCGAAGAAGCAGCCAAUGUAAUGUUAGCCUCAAUCACCGAAGGAACGUUGAGACAAUAUGAGAAGCCGAUUAAACUCUGGUGGAAGUACACUCAAGAAAACACCAUCUCUUUCCAUCAGUGUUCAACAUCAGCGGCAUUAGACUUCUUUACACAAAUUUUCCACUCAGAUAUCUCAUACAGCACACUAAAUAUUUAUAGAGCAGCUGUAUCCCUCCUUACGGGCAAUGAGCUAGGGAAGGACAGCUCAGUCUCGAGGUACUUUAAAGGAGUCUCGUCAAUAAAACCACCUAAGUCAAAAUACGAGGAGACCUGGGAUCCUCAAGUGGUUUUAACUUACCUGGAAUCGCUUGGAGAAAACAACAAUCUAUCAUUAGAAAAUUUAACGGAAAAGUUAGCAACUCUAUUAGCGCUAAUAUCCGCGCAAAGAGUUCAAACAUUAGCAUCCAUAAAGUUGCAAAACAUAAAUAUGGAAAUCGAACCUAUCCAAAUCAAAAUUACAUCAAGAAUAAAAACCACAGGUCGCAACAGGUACCAGCCAAUAUUAGAAAUCCCAACAUUUUCGAGCAAUGAAGUACUCUGUGCAGCAACAACCCUCAGGGAAUAUAUCCGCAGAACAUCAGAGUUAAGGACAAAGUCUAGAGAAGAAAAUCUUUUCCUGACCUACAAGAAACCGCAUCAUGCAGCCACCACGCAAAGUUUAAGUAGGUGGAUAAAAAAUAUUCUAAGUAAGAGCGGAAUAGAUACGGAAACUUUUUCUACACAUAGCACUAGACAUGCUGCGACUUCAGCAGCAGCUCGCAAGGGAGUCAAUUUGGAAACAAUUCGUAAAGCAGCUGGAUGGACACCUAAAUCCACGGUAUUCGCAAGGUUUUAUAAUCGUCCAAUUGCAAAAGAAUCAUCUUUUUCAGCGGCAAUUUUGAGAAAAAAUUAAAAAAUACUUUGUUUCUAUUUUACUAUUAUCAUUCUUAUAUUUUUAUAUAUAUACUCUUCUCAUCAUCAUUCGUUCAAUUAAAAUACAACUAUAGGUAUUAACUAAUUUGUACUUGUAAUGAAAGUAAAUAUAUUUACCACAUUACAAAAACAGAACGACGUAAAUCACUUCUAACUCUGAAUAUCUACCUAAUUUGAUCUUGAGGACGAGGCAGCGAAAUACAAUUAAUAAAUUGAACGAACUUACCUAAAGUGAAGUUCAAUUGUAAUUGUAUGAGCUGCCUCGUCCGAAAAGAUCAAACCCUCCCGGCCCUUAACUCCUGACGAAGCCCAAAAAUGUAUUACGUGAUUUACUCCAGACUUUAAAAUGUAAUGACAGGAACCGGAAGAGAUAGGAGCGACACCUAAGAGUAGCGCUAAAAAACUUUAUAAUUUGAAAUACUGUGGCAGAACAAACGGUUACUAACGCAACUACCUA